CAUAGGUAGUGAUGGCUCUUGCUUUUUGGCUUUUCUCUAAUAAUCCAUUAUUUUGACAUUUCUUGUCAACCGCUACGUAUUUUUGUAAAAAAAAUAGAGUUUCCUGGUUUAUCAUUCCAUUUCUGCUUUCUUCACCUAAAAAGCAGUGAACUGGCUUGAAUACAAGGUAGUGUACAUUACAAAACAAGGAUGCAGUCCAGAAAUUCCGCGAGAACCAUGUGACACGAAUACGAAAAAGGGCUUCCAGAUCGUCAAUGUGACAGAAAUGUUUUCUGCCAUCGCGACGAGCCAACGCUAUUGGGGAGCCGAAACGACAUCGACGCGUCAUAAACGAACGGCGAUAUAGAGAAGCGCGUCAAAGAUGAGCGCGAGAUGGCCAGUCCACCACCGAACCCAAAAGACGAGGCGGGUGGCUCCAAGUUUACGGAGGAGAAGGCAAGUCAUGAGGCCACCGCGCAGAAGAGCUUCAUAGCGCCGCCCGCCUCUGAGCUGCCUUCAAAGCUGGUAUACGUUGCGCGUGGUGGUAGUGGCCGCAGUGUCAAGCACACGUUCCGCACUGUAAAGGUAGCACGACGAGUGCCAACGCUGCCGCCCAAGAAGAUCGAGGUGGCGGGCGGCGAUAGCGCCUCAAGCGAGGCCGGUCCUAGCCGCCCGCGCCGCGACAAAAAUAAGCGACACGGCUGCACUAUUUGCGAAAAACGAUUCUCCAGCCCUGGCAAGCUCAGCCAACACAUCCUGUCUCAUACUGGUGAGUUACCUUUUUCUUGCGACCUUUGUGAUAAACGCUUCAAUUCAAAAUUUAAACUGGUUCGCCACAACCUAAUACACAGUGAAGCUAGAGCCUUUGCAUGUACAGUUUGUGGCAAAACUUUUAAUCGCAAAGAUCAUCUUACAAACCAUGUUAGGGUGCACAACCCUGUUAAAAAACUUUAUAAAUGUGACAAGCCAGAUUGUAGGAAAUCAUACACAUCUCAGCUUAGUUAUCGUAAGCAUGCAGCUCUUCAUUCUGCUGAAGAAGGGAAUCUGCAAUGUAAGAUCUGUGAUGAAGUGUUCAGUACGCAACAAGAUAUUGUGUAUCAUCUCAAAGUCCACACUGGGAGUCGUACUGUGAAAAGUGAGACAGACAAAAAGUAUACUUGUGAUCAUUGCGAUAGAAGAUUCUUUACUGCAAAAGAUGUACGUAGGCAUAAUGUAGUACACACAGGAAGGCGAGAUUUCUUAUGUCCCUACUGUCCUCAGAAGUUUGGCCGCAAAGAUCAUUUAGUUAGACAUGUAAAAAAUGCUCAUCCAGAGGAAUCAUGGAAGUCAGCAGCAGUUGGUACAUCUCGUGAUCCUCUACCAGAUGUGUCUACUUUUGAGGAAACUUUCACUGAUUAUCCAAUUCCUGGAACUGAGUUUGAGCUCUGGAAAGCACCUUCACCAAAAGAAGAGGCAGAUGGUAGAACAAGUGUGCCUGCCUGUGAUAUAAUUGUUGAAAUACCUGAGUUAGAUAUUAAAGUGGAACCAGAUUUAGAUAUAAAGAUAGAGGAGCCACCUUCACCUGCAGAAAUACUUGAAUAUCCUGUAGUUUAUGUUGUACCCCCACCAUUUUCACCUACGCCAACAAACUUGCCAUUUAUAACAACACAGCAGUUGAGUGAUGUUGAUGUGCAUUUUGGUUCUGGAAAUGUAGAGUCUCUAUUGUUAGACCCAGGGGAAGGACCAUCAGGUUUGUCAAGAGAAAUGUUAGGUUUACUUGAAGAGAAUGAGCCUAGCUACUCUGGUGAAGAUAGUAGUAGAAAUCAGCAAAGAUUGCCAGCUUUCACUCAAGCAUUUCAGACUGCUCAAAGUCCGAAACCGCCACCCCCACCACCCCCUCCUCAUUAGACAGUAACUGACUAGCAUUUAUAACUGAGCUACCUCACUAGGUAACAUUGGAAUAGUCUAAAUGAUUUUAAUAUUCUCUAAGGGGCAACUGAGUGUCGCCACUUCAGGUAUACCAAAAUGUUUCCGAAUUCUACAUGAAUAUGUAAUCUAGUCAUGUAUGUACUUUCGGAAUGUAAAUUAUUUUUAGUGUACAUGUUUGACAUUUGAGUGUAAAUGGGACCAACUUUGAGAGCCUCGGAAUGUAAUAGUUAAUGGAGUAACUAUUCAUUUGUAAAAGUAUUAAACUGAACAGGAUCUGCAAGAAGACAUACGGCUCUUGAAAGCAGUGAAUUGUAUUAUAUGUUUGAGUGGUUCACUGUUUUCUGCGCGAGAAUUAUACUGAGAGCAUAUGUCUUUUGUUAGGAAUGUUUUAAAAGAAAGGUGUCAACAUCAGAUCUGUCUAUAAAUGAUUGCUGUACCACCAUGUUGUGUCCAGAGUAACUGCUUGUCUAUUCACAGAAGGCUUGAUUAACCAACUACAUGUCUACAACACAAAAAUAUAUAUCAGAAAACAAAUAUAUAGUUCCAUUCUUAUAGUAUAAGUAUGCAUUCAGAAAAUGAUUGCAAGUUCAGUAUACAGUAUCUGGUUAAUCAAUCCUUUAAUGUAGCUUUAAUAAUGAAAACUGUUAUUUUUUGUUCAAUAUUGCUGAAGUCUGAACCCUAUAUCAUACCUCAGAGGCAUUCGCUUCCUUAACUAUACAAGCUUUAUUGGUCUGAAAUGUUUCAAUAUAAAAGUAAUGUGCCAAAACUCAUGUGUAUUUGUAAUUUCAUUUUAAGCAAUAAUUUGUGUGGCCUUACAGAACUAUUGAAUUUUCUCUUAAUAAAGAAAGUGUUCAUAAUUAAUUUGUAUAAGACAUUGGCAUGAUUUAUCUAUAUUGUACCAAAAUAUUAGUUAGGAAAAUCUUAUUGAUGAAAACUGUGUUUUUUAUCUGUGUACAUUGUAUGUACUCCACAUAGCAUUUAAAUAGGUGCCUUACAUUCAUUGAAAAAUAUUUAAAAAAAUUGUUUAAAAACUUAUUGUACUUUUUAAUUUUAGUUGUGCUAAAUUUUAUUUUUUAUUUAGGAAUAUCCAAGUACAACAGUUCAGAUGGAACAAAAUUUUAUUUUUUAAUGUUAAUCUUACGAGAACUCUAUCUAAAGUUUCAGUAAUGUAUGGCUUCUAAUGAGAGAUCGAAUGUUGUACACGCUUUAUUAUUGAAUAUGUAAAUAAUUCUUAUUUUUUAGGAUAAUAGGACUGUAAAAAAUUUUUAUCUACCUCAAUUGCAACUUAUUCUUACGUUAAGAAGUUUAUUAAUACCUAGGUUAGUGAGAAUAUCAUUUUUCUAUGAGAAAUACAUGCAAAGGGCUGGUUGGCAAACGUUUUGUGUUUAUAUUAGUGUGUGUUGAAAAAUCGUUAUACUUUAAGUAUAUAUAGCUUUGUAUAUUAAUUAAGAAUAGCUGUCGUUUUAUAUUUGAUAAAAAGAACAAUACAUGUCCCGUUCCGAAGGGGAUUAAAAAAAAAUAUCAUAACAAAUUUAAAAAAUAUCAUCGUCAUCUACAUAAUCAUGUAUGCAUAUAUAGAAUAUAGAUCUAAAGAAUCUUCAUACAAUAGCUAUAGUGAAAGAAACAAGGUUAUUUACUUAUUAUAAACUUUUAAUUUAAUUUCGACCGCCAGUCUUCAAGCCCGUUCACUAGUCAAUACACAUAAACUAUUUUUAACAGUGGAUUUGAUAUUAAACAUGUAUUUACAAAUAAAAACCGAUAACAAUUAUCCUCCUAUUCGUAUGUGUUCCAGAAAGUUAAACUUGCAUUUUUCUAAUGCACAAUGGCGUUAUACGAGUUGCGAAAUUUAUUCAAUUUAACAAACUUUAAAAAAUAGUUUUCGCCGCUUAAUUCGUUAUAAAAGUCGCCGUCUCUAUAUACAUAGGAUUUCAAUGUUUUCUAUUAUAAAUGUUAAUUUAUUACCUAAAAUGUAAUAAAUAGUAUUUAAAAUGUAAGUAUCCACUUAAUGUUUAGUUGCACUAAAAGUGUUCAUUAUUCCCAUAUUCAAGUUUAUUAUGCAUAAUUUUGUUAUUAUUUUUUCCAGUUUUUUUAUGACUUGAGUGUAACUCGAUUUUAUAUUAUAUAUUUUCUAAAACAUGUUGUGCAAAGCCAAAUAAUGAAAUAAUUUUAUUUUUGUUUACAAAUAAGUGUUCGAAUAUUUUAUUUAUGUAACUUACGUAAGUUUAUAUGCAACGAAUGUGCUACGAGCAAUGAAAAUGUAAGCCGUGGAGUAAUGUGAAAAUUAUGUAUCGGGAUAUUCAAAGAAUCUUAUUUUUUAACUCGUAGCAGGAUGUAUAAUCCAUAGAUAUACGUAACUUGGUACAUAAUAGGGGCCUUAUAAAAAUAGUUGGACGUAGAGUGUAUACAAAAAAAUAUUUUUUAGAUUUCUACAAGAUUUUUUAAUAGAGUGAUCUAUUUUUGUUACGCUUUUUCGAGCAAUAAGGCGUUUUUAUCGAACAUUUGAAAUAACGUUAAAAUUUUACAAGAUUGUUAGUCUACCUGCGAAGUUGGAUACAGUUUUGGUUGUGUGUAUAGAAAAUAUCUUGGUGCAUUUAUCGCAAAAAUAUAGAGUGCACUGCUAAAAUUGUAUUUAAGUUCAAUGAAUGAAAAUAAAAAUGAUAAUGAUUUGAUUCAUGUGAAACCAGUUUUCCUUUAAUUCAUGUAAAACAGUAUGUAACAUGAUAAUAGUUUGCCAGUCCGCAAGAAUGAAUUCAUUGAUAACUGGAAUUUAUUCGAGUUUUUUAUGAGUCUGUUAACUUAGUGUGAGACGCCGGGGCGCUUUGCCACAUAAAACCUUUUUGUUUUCUGUACUUUUUUU